CACACACAAUGUUACCAACUCACCAACAGGACUGCAAACGAACCGGAAGCCCCAAAAACCAAACGGACGUUUCCGCAGAGGAAACCCUAACCCUAAGCAACUGAUCUUCAACAUCUCUCUUGUCAAUUGGUUUUAUUUCACCGGCUUUGAAUUAAUCUCCGAUGGAGCCCGUGGCCUUCGUCGUAGGUCGAUUUAAAGAGUUUGGCCGAUCAACGGAGAGGUUCGUGGAUGGAGUUUUGCAGAAAUGCCGCAAGCGUGCAAGCCAUAGGCCGAUUGAAAUUCUUAAACGCCUGCAAAGAGAAGCAUUUUCUGACCUGAUGAAGCUGAGGGAAAGACAAGAUAAAGUAGAACGCAUACUUUCCUUCAAUCAGUCCGGCAAAGGGGGUCCAUUCCAAGAAGCUCGUACCCAUAUGAAAGGAGUUAUUAACGUAGAUGAAGCUUUGAUGUUCACCGAGAACGAUUAUGAACGGGGUUCUGCCAACCUUGAUAGAGCAGGAACAAGAAGAGGCAUCGAUCUGAGGUUUAUUUUUGAGACGUCUAUCAGGCAACGAGAUCUUCUUAUCGCAGAGUUUUUGGCUACUCACUGCAGCCUGCUUAAUCAUAGCUAUAUGAAUCAGAGCCCUCUGGUUUUAUCAAAGUUGGUUUAUUUUGCCAACAUUUGUGACUCUCUAUCUGCUGUGUUUACUCCUUUUCGAGCUCAGUGCACUGAAUUUGGAACAACAAGCUUUCAACAGGUAGGAUAUGAAAGUAGAUCCUCUUUCUUUUAUCCACCAUUGUUCCAUCAAUCUGAAGGUUGCGGGCUCGGCUUCAUUGUUAAGAGAGCAAAUCUGGCUGCUAGCUUAGCUGGAUUGGUUUCUGGGCCAGGCGAAGAGGCUAGUUCUGUUAGAAUCACAAAACCGAGGAUCUUUGGGCAGGUUUCUUAUAAACCAUCUGAAGAAUCCAGGCUCACAAUGUCUGGAAUUUGGCAAACCCGCAGGAAGAAGAGGACUGCGCUGAAUUCAUUUUCUGAAGGAUGCUCUUCAGAUAGUCCAAGUAAGUUGGAAUUUACUGCAUCAUCAUCCAUUGCAUUAAUGCUACAGUCACAGUUUGAUGAGUGUAAUAAUCUUGAUUGUUGGGUGGAGAUGUGGAAAUCUAGUCCCAGUUUGUUGAAGUGGGGUGUUUCUUUUUCCGAUGCUCCGCAUGAUGUACUGGGGUGGGGUUUGAAAUUGGGUGGACAUAUUGAAGGUCACUUAAACCAGCUAUGGCUGGAAGGUUUUCUUAAUAUCAAUUUGGGUAGGAAAGCUGUCCUGCAGCCGGGCAUUUUAUAUGUUGUUAAUGGAGAAUCUAGAACUCCUGCAGUGUUGCUGCGAUCGAGUUGGUUCAUGUAAUUUUUUGUGACUCUUUUCUUUCUAGUUUUGAGCCACCCUCACUCACUCUCUCUCUCUCUCUCUCUCUAUAUGUAUAUAUAUGAGAAAUGGCCAGAGGCAAUUAUACGAGCCUCCAACCACCCCUAAUAUGCUUAACAAUUCGAGUAUCACCUCCUUAAGGCCAAUUGUGCCAGAGGGAAUUCAAACCCCCCACUUGAGGGCUCUUAUACCCUGGAUGUCAACCAAUAAGCCUGGAAACGCGGCACUUAUAUAUAUAUGAAAUCUCUAGCUGUUAGAUUAUUCCAAUAUCUUUCAUUUGUAUGGGACAGUCUGAUAUGCGUGCAUUUUAGUUUGUA